UUCUACUGAUCUGAGGUCAGUGGAAAGUAAAAGAUCAGACUCACCUGAACCCAGCAGUGUGUCCAUGAAGAGCGAUCGGUCAAAGGGAGAACCACCAGUGUUCAGUGACAGAGAGCGUUCUACUGAUCUGAGAAAACAAGAGAAAUUAAAGAAAUCAGAACGAAGCAGCAGAAAUGAGUUGGAUUCAGUAUUUAAGGAGCUGGAGCAGAAAGUCGUCACUCUGUUAAAAAAUGAGCUGAAUAAAUAUAAGAAGAUACUGAGUCCAGAUUACCCAGAAUGCUCUGAGGUGAAGGAUGAGGAGGAUCAAUAUAGUUUCAGAGAGGAGGUACUGAAGAUCACUCUACAUGUCCUGAAGAAGAUGAACCAGACAGAUUUAGCCAACACACUGCAGACCAAGCUGGUCUCUGUUUAUCAGAAGAACCUCAAAACCAAACUGAUAAAGAAAUAUAAAAGAAUUAAUGAAGGAAUCUCACAGCCUGGAUCAUCAGUUCUCCUGGAUCAGAUCUACACUGAGCUCUACAUCACAGAGGGUUCGAGUGGAGACGUCAAUAAUGAACAUGAGGUGAGACAGAUUGAAACCACAUCCAGGAGACCAACAGCACAGGAGAAACCCAUCAAAUGUAACGACCUCUUUAAAGACACGUCCAUCAGAACUGUGCUGACUAAAGGAGUUGCUGGAAUUGGAAAAACUGUCUCUGUGCAGAAGUUCAUUGUGGACUGGGCUGAAGGAAAAGCCAAUCAGGACGUUCUCUUCAUGUUCCCACUUUCUUUUAGAGAGCUGAAUCUGAUGAAGGAGAAACAUCUCAGUCUGAUGGAGCUUCUUUAUUAUUUUUUUCCAGAAUUUAAAAGAAUAAAAUCAAUAAACUGCAGCACCUACAAGAUCAUUUUCAUCUUUGAUGGUCUGGAUGAGUGUCGACUUCCUCUAAACUUCCAGAACAAUAAGACUGUGUGGGAUGUAACAGAAUCAGCCUCAGUGGAUGUGCUGCUGACAAACCUCAUCAAGGGGAACCUGCUUCCAUCUGCUCUCCUCUGGAUCACCUCUCGACCAGCUGCAGCCAAUCAGAUCCCUCCUGAGUGUGUAGCCCAGGUAACAGAGGUACGAGGGUUCAGUGAUCCUCAGAAAGAGGAGUACUUCAGGAAGAGGAUCAGUGAUGAGGACCUGGCCAGUAGAAUCAUCAAACACAUGAAGUCAUCAAGAAGCCUCUACAUCUUGUGUCACAUUCCAGUCUUCUGCUGGAUUUCAGCCUCUGUUCUAGAGAGAAUGCUGGGUGAAGCAGAGGGUGGAGAGAUCCCCAAAACUCUGACUCAAAUGUUCAUCCACUUCCUGAUCUUUCAGAUCAAACACAAGGAACAAAAGUAUCAUGGGAAAUGUGACCCCGACCCUCAUCAGACCAGAGAGACGAUACUGGCACUGGGAAAACUGGCUUUCCAACAGCUGGAGAAAGGAAACCUGAUCUUCUAUGAAGAAGACCUGAGAGAGUGUGGUAUUGAUGACAGAGAAGUGUCAGUGUACUCAGGAGUGUGCACCCAGAUCUUCAGAGAGGAGUUUGGGUUACACCUGGGGAAGGUCUUCAGCUUUGUUCAUCUGAGCGUCCAGGAGUUUCUGGCUGCUUUAUUUGCAUUUAUCUGCUUCAUCAGCAAAAAUCCAGCAGAACAACAAACCACUGAUCUGUCUGAUCUGUUCACCAAGUCCAGCAUGUCUGAUUUCCUCAAGAGUGCAGUGGACAAGGCCUUACAGAGUGAGAAUGGACACCUGGACCUUUUCCUGCGCUUCCUUCUGGGUCUCUCACUGGAGUCCAAUCAGACUCUCUUAGGAGACCUACUGACACAGACAGGAAGUAGCUCUCGCAGUAAACAGGAAACUGUGGAGUACAUCAAGGAGAAGAUCAGGGAGAAUCCCUCACCAGAGAAAUCCAUCAAUCUGUUCCACUGUCUGAAUGAACUGAAUGAUCAUUCUCUAGUGCAGGAGGUCCAGACUUACCUGAACAGAAUAAAACCUGAUUAUAAACACUAUAGUUCUGGAUGUCUCAGUGGAAUCAGUCUCUCUCCUGCUCAGUGGUCAGCGCUGGUGUUUGUGUUGCUGAACUCAGAAGAUGAUCUGAAGGACUUUAAUUUGAGGAAAUAUAACAGAUCAGAUGAAUGUCUUCUGAAGCUGCUGCCAGUGGUGAAAGAAUCCAGAAGAGCUGAGUUGGAUGGUUGUUCUCUAACAGAUGAAAGUUGUGCAGCUCUGUCCUCAGUUCUCAGUUCAAACUCCAACAAUCUGAGAGAUCUGAACCUGAGUAACAAUAAGCUGCAGGAUUCAGGAGUGAAGCUGCUCUCUGCUGCACUGAAGAAUCCACACUGUACACUGGAGAUACUGAGGUUGGUGAGAUGCAGGAUUACAGAUGAAGGUUUUAUAUCUCUGGCUUCAGCUCUGAGAUCAAACUCCUCAUCACUCCUGAAAGAUCUGAAUCUGAUCCACAAUAAUCCAGGAGAAUCAGGAGUGAAGCUUCUCACUGAUCUACAGAAGGAUCCUCACUGUAAACUGGAGACACUAGACUACAGUUUAUGGUAACAAAGUCCUCCAGCCCGUGUGUUGCAGCUCGUAUCCAGAUGAAAUGUUUCCUUCAUUAGAAAGCUGAAGCUCCACCAUGGGCAGAACAGAGAUCAGAAGCUCCACAUCCCUUCAAUCUUCUAGUGACAGUCUGUCCAGUAACUGCAAUCUUAGAUGGAAAGAGUCUUUGGCUCAGGUCCACAUGCAGUUCCCAGUCCCUGGCUAUGCUCAGUGUACAUAAGUCUGCUGGUUUUCCUCUUCCUAAAGGAUGUGAACUGUGGGAAGGUGUUCUGGACAUUAAGGGGGCGGCACUGGUUGUAACUCUCUUUUGCUGGAGUGCUAAGGCCGAGCUCCUCAGCACUUGGUUAUGGUGUCAGGUGGAUCUACCUUGAGUUAAGCUGUUCUUGUAACCCACCAGGAUGUGUUUGAGUGUUGCUGGAGCUGCACGUUGGAGACAGGCUGGGUCUUUACCAAGCCAGAGAUGAAGUGUACCCGGCCAAUACUGAUUCUGAUAAAUGUUCUACAGUUACAGUAUAUUUUUAUCAUUAUUACAUUAAAUAAAUACUAAUGCAGCAGCUUGUCUUACAUAACCUAGAAAUAUGAGAGUAGGAAAUGUUCUGGAGAACAUACUAAUCUGAUUCUUUUACAGCUGCACUACGAGCUGUUUGUUGGUUUUAUUUACUCUUCACAGUAAAUUCAAUAUGUAACGCUGUAAUGCUAGUGCUUUUUUAUUGAGUAUGUAAAGUAACCUUCAUUUUAUUCUGUCAUGCUGGAGAAUUGAUUUGUAUAAUAAAA